AGCCUCCAAAUAUAGCUCUUCAUUCCAAUCGCAACACCUCAUCUUCAGUUAUUGGUUGAUUCAUAUGAAUUCUUGUCAGCCUUGUUCGAGUGUAAGUUUCUGUGGAAUGGCUUCAGUUUUAGUUUAUAUUCAGAGUUCUCUUCGGGUUCCCCUUGAAGAUCUAUCUGUGUUUAACUGUGCUACAAUAUGGAUGGACUGAUGUAAGUUCCGGCUGGUUACUGCGUGAACUUUGAGGAUCCUCCACAUUUAUGCUUUAGCUCUUUGGAUAGAAGUUUAUUUCAGGUCAUCUACAUGUUUCUCCGAUGUUUCUCCAACUUGUUCCUAUCCUUUUGGGAGAUCGAUGUGCUCUGCUCUUUGGACUGCUCGAGGCCAUUUUCUUUCUUACAUCUUGGCUUUUGGCUGAUCUUAGAAUUUGUUGUCAUCCUUUCUUUGUAGUUGUCUAGUAGUUAUCUUUUAUGGCUCUGGAAAGAUUUCGAUCUUUGCCGGCUUCUGGCUCUGGAAGGAAAGUGUUCCUUGCCGGCUUAUGUGUAUUCGACUGCAUUCCACCCGUUUUAAUAUUAAUCCAACAGAUGACAAAAAAAAAAAAAAAAGAAAGGCAACCGCUUUGGGUUUUCUCGAAUGUUAUUUUCAAUCUGGGGUUUUGAGAAUUGGUGGGUUUUCGUGAUUAGGUUUCAACAAAUUUUGGCUUCGAGAUCCACCGUUGUUUUCAACAAAUAACUUUCGUCGAUACGAACAAGACAAGAGACAAUCAUCUUCAUUUCAUGCUGUCACUGUUCUUGCUUGUCUGUGUAAUCAUCGUUUGUUUUUUUAGCGUGGGAGAAUAAAAAGGAAUCGUUUUUUCGUUUGUUUUAUUGAUGGAAGAAGUGAACCUGGAUUUGAAUUUUGGAGGUCCUGAUCUUGAGACUGAGGUAAGUCUCGAGCCUAAUGUUGCUGAGGUUCUGUCUGAUGUGGCUAACGAACCAUUUAACAGAGACUCUGAGUCUCUGAGAAGGUUUAGGACACGGCUCAGGUCAAGUUUCAGACGGAAUAACAGUCUCCCAGCUCUUGCGGAGUUACCUAACCCAAUGAUAGAGUUGAGUCAGUUAAUAAUCAGUUCUGCAAACGGAGCUGCCUUGACAGCUAGUGGAGAAAGAGAGAGCGAGGAGGACUCGAACAAGUGUGAGAAUGGGAGGAGCAAAGUGAUGGAAGAAGAAGACAGUGUAAGAGAGAAGAAGAGUGUUGGAAGUAAAGAGAGCUUUUACGAUUGUUAUAUAUGUAUGGACCUGUCCAAGGAACCAGUUGUGACUAACUGUGGCCAUCUUUACUGUUGGCCUUGUCUUUACCGCUGGCUAGAGGUUUCAGUGGCGAAGGAGUGUCCGGUUUGCAAAGGGGAAAUAUCUGUGAAAACCUUAACUCCAAUCUAUGGCCGUGGAGGAAAAAUCAAAGGAGGAUCUGAAGAGGUUUCAGUUUCAGACACCACCAACAAGAAGAAGAAGAUCCCUUCAAGACCACAAGCAAGGCGGGUUGAGAGAGUGAGGAGGAGUACACUUCAGAGGCCAGGUUAUGUAGGGUCGGAGAUUAUUAACCGGUUUAUGCCUUGGAGGAGAGUUAGAGCAGAGUCCAGUGCAGCGGUGGUUGCACCGGUGUAUGAAGAAGGAAGUGAAACCAUGAGGUCCUCGCGUGCUAUGUCAAUCUGGAGAGGGAGAACUGCGAGGAACCAAGAGCGAAACAACGUUGCUAGUGUUGAAGACAGAGAUUCGGUGUCAAGCAUACUAGGUGUAAUGAACUCGGAGAGUCAAGCUGAUACUGCGGCUGAGAUUGAUUCUAUGGUGACUGUUUCUUCUUCUGUGGGAAGACCACAUGAGAACGGUUCAAGGGUCUCUGAUGUUGACAGUGCAGAUUAUCAUCCAUUGAGGAGGAGAUUGGCUUAGGGUAGUUGAAAGCUGCAAUCUAAUUAUUUUGGUUUUAGUCUUUUUUUUUUUGGAUUUUGAAUGUUGGUAUUUCUUCUAGUUUAUGCUUAGAGAUGAUUUUUGAGUCAAAUAUUAAUAACAUAUUCAGCUUCUAAUUAGAGUACAUCUGCUCAGAUUUAAGUCA